UGAUGAGGGAGCGUGUGUGUGUGUGUGUCUGUGAGUGUGUGGGGAAGUAGCAGCAUCUUCUGGCAACUUUGAUUGCGAAGUCACGUGAUUCAGUGCAGUGGCCACAGGAGAAGCUUUAAGAGUUCUCAGCGCUCAAGAGAAACAAGUGGAGUGGAGAAAUGGCCGAUAACAGAAGCUCAUCUGAAGAAGCGUCCUCCUCCAGAGUCAUCAGGGUGGUUUUCUUGGCGCUUCUGCUUGAUUUGCUGGGCUUCACGUUAAUACUUCCUCUCCUGCCCUCCAUCUUAGAUCACUACAGUCAAACUGGGGACAAUGUGUAUCAGUCAUUACAGAGCAUAGUGGACUGGUUCAGAGGAGCAGUCGGAGUCCCGAUGGAAACUAAAUAUACCAGUGUGCUUUUUGGAGGUCUGAUAGGCUCUCUCUACUCUCUGCUGCAGUUUUUGUCGUCACCCGUUACUGGGGCUCUUUCAGAUGAUUAUGGCAGGAAACCUCUGCUUCUGUUAACAACUAUAGGUCUCAUGGCGUCCUACGUCCUGUGGGCUUUCUCACACAGUUUUACAGUAUUUCUGCUCUCUCGAGUAGUGGGAGGCAUCUGUAAAGGUAACGUCAGCCUGUGCACUGCUAUUGUGGCGGACCUGCCUUGUCCUAAAGCAAGAAACAAGGGGAUGGCAAUGAUUGGUGUGGCCUUCUCCUUGGGGUUCACAUUGGGACCAUUAAUGGGAGCAUACUUUGCGCUGAGACUUAAAGAUGCUGACGUGUUUUAUCAAGGCCCUGCCAUGCUGGCUGUCCUUUUUUCUUUAGCAGACCUGCUCUUUAUCUUCUUCAUGCUCCCAGAGACUUUACAAAAGGGGGCUUCAGAAUCAUCAGGUCUUCAACAACAAUCUGGAGAUCUCCUUCACCCUGUUGCACUUUUCAAUUUCACUGCGCUCACGAGGACAGAGAAUCCACCGUCUGAGCAAAAAAUGCAGAAUCUUAAGGUGCUUGGGUUGGUUUACUUCACAUAUCUAUUUCUCUUCUCUGGCCUGGAGUUCACCUUGAGUUUUCUGACACAUCAACGCUUCCAGUUUUCCAGCAUGCAGCAGGGGAAGAUGUUUUUUUUCAUUGGCAUAACUAUGGCAGUGAUUCAGGGUGGAUAUGCCCGCAGGAUCAAACCUGGUCAUCAGAUCCAGACUGUUAGCAUGGCCAUUGUAACACUCAUACCAGCCUUCCUGCUCGUCGGAAUCGCCUGGAAUUUGACUCUACUCUAUUCUGGAUUGUUUUUGUACUCUUUCGCUGCUGCUAUUGUUGUUCCAUGCCUUUCAACACAAGUGUCCGGACAUGGCUCAGCCAGUCAGAAGGGAACAGUAAUGGGAAUCCUUCGUAGUCUCGGAGCUUUAGCUCGAGCACUGGGCCCUAUUGUUGCUUCUUCAGUGUACUGGCUGGCUGGAGCUGAAUUCUGUUUUAUCAUCAGUUCCGUGUUCUUUAUAGUCCCUCUGAUUUUACUCAGUCGCCUGAAGAGACAGAAGGAGGAGUGAAAUGAAGUGUUCAGUCUCAUUUCAUCAUCAUUACAAGCAUUAAAGCCCACUGAACAAAAGUUCCCAUUGAAAUGUUUACAGAGAACAACAAUACAAAGUACGUUGAACACUUUAAUGCACGGUAAAUAGUAAAACUGUAUUUCAUGAAUGUACUUUUUACACUUUAUAACACACAUGUUUAUUCCUAGUGUCUGUGUUCCUGUUUUAUUACAAAGACUUUAUAUAUUUGGUCUAUGUAGCUUUAUAUACACUGGUAAACAGCAGGGAAAAUAAGUAUUGAACACAUAAUGAUUUUUCAUAGUAAAUAUAUUUCUAAAGGAGCUGUUGAGUUGAAAUUGACCCAGAUUUUGGUUAAAUGCCAAACAUAAAAUUAUGAAACAUAUUAUAACAAUGGAAUCACACAAAGAGAAAGUACUGAACUACUCAGAUGUAUUUAAUUCUUUGUAUAAAAUCCUAUUUAGUAUUUUUCCCCCCCAGACUUCAACAGAGUGUAAAAUCUUGAUGGUUCUGUGGGUCUCGUCUGUCAACUAUUACCUUUAGUUCAUAUUUUCUAUUGGAUUCGGGUCAGGUUAUUGGCUGGGCCAUUCUGAAAGCUUUAUUUUCUUUCUCUGAAACCAUUUGAGAGUUUCCUUGGCUGUGUUUUGGAUCAUUGUCUUGUUGAAAUAUCCACCCUGGUUUCAUCUUCAUCAUCUGGUAAUGUCAACAUAGGCUCAUUCUGAAAACGUAGCCCUAUAUACAUUACUGGAAAUUGCGAUGUAUGUAUACAGAAGUACGUAUGGCUACAUUUCAUCUUUAAAAUGAACGCUAUGGGGUGGUAUGACAUUGUUUCUUUUGCGCUUACCAGCUGACCACUUACCUCCAUAUGGACUGCUUUCCCGGUGUUACUAGUUUGUCCAGUUAGCUUGCCAUGUACAUUGGCGCAUUGAGGUGCAGAGCGGAGUUGACCACGACGACAGGGUUUGAGUCCAGCGAAGAAUGGUUCCAGAAAGCAGGUAAGACAAAAACAGAAGCCAAAAAAUAAAAUAAACAAUUAAAUAACAGGGUGAGAAUGUGGUAAAAUCAGAAAAUGUGGUAAAAAUCAGGCGAGGGCUUUUCUUUUUCUGGAUUGCUUUUUUUCAGUCAGUCAGUCGACAGCGACCUCUGGUGGAUUUUCGCGCGAACAGCAGGCGUGAAUGGCACUCGUGACAGAAAUUUGAGAUCUCAAAAAGCAUACACAGCGGCCUCUGGUGGAUUCGCGAAAACAAAAACUGCAAAAAUAGUAGCUCCUGGGACGUAUUUGGUGCUCUCCGGAAAUGUAUAUUGGGGUACGCUUUCAAAAUGAGCCUGAGUUGGGUAAUGUAGAUGUUGGACUGAAACAGCUGAUAUUCAUUUACACUGACAAAGUUCAGGGUUGCUGAAGAACUACUGAGAGAUUUCAGCUGCUGUCUGGACUUUCCAUGCCUUUUUAUCCUACAUUACUUCAUGUGUUCAAUACUUUUUCCCUGCAUCAUGUCAUUUUACUAUAUGUAACGUUUAUUCUAAACUAGCAUGUAUGGAUCACUUUGGUUGUUACUGACAUCUGGUGAAAAUGUCGAGUCAGCAGCACCUUAUAUUUUCUGAGAAAAAUGGUGACGUGUUUAAUACUUUUUUUACCUGCUGUAUAUAUUUUGAUGUGUGCUUAUAUGUAUAAAAAAAAUGAGUAUACUGAAUGUGACUUUCAAUCAAAUUUAUAAAAAAUAAAGACUGUUAUUGAUAUUUUUUAUACUUGA